UAUAUUAAGUUGUUAAUUAAUUAUUUUGAUAAUCUUAUAAUAUUAUAGACUUUAGUCGUACGAGUACGACUGUUUUCUGCUACCCGAUUGGCGAUUGUAAAUUUUUAUUUAUUUUUUCAUUGUUACCUUGAACAACUUAUUCAGAACAAGUAGUUUUUUAAUCGUUUAAUAUUGAUAAGAUGAUAUUAAAUGUUUUAUAAUAUGUCCAUGGUGCCAAGUGCUCACUGAAUAUAAUAAGUAAUAAUUUACAACCAGUAUUCAGUACGACAGUACCUAUUCUGCAGUCUUGUACUCAAUAACAUCUUGAAUUGCUGUUUACUUAUAAUUUUUAAGUGAAAGGAGCAAUAGUCAUUUUAUCUAUUUACCAACUUCUUCACAAUGGUAAAAGCAUGGUUCAUGGCAGAAAGUUGGAGCGGUGAUCAACGUGAAGAACACCACAUGCAGCCACCCAAAUUUGUUGAUCUGGAUACUUUAUAUAAACUCACCUUAGUGGAACAUUUCAAAAUUAAUGAAUUAGAUCCUACCAAUGAUAAACUGUUAAACUCCAUCAAGAAAGAUAGAGGUUACUCUUACGAGGAUGAGAUAACAUGUUCUAAAGAAUGCUUACCAAACUAUGAAAGUAAAUUAAAAAUGUUCUUUGAGGAGCAUUUACAUACAGAUGAAGAAAUUCGAUUGGUUUUGGAAGGCUCAGGCUACUUUGAUGUUAGAGAUGGUGUGAAUGACAAAUGGAUACGUAUUAAAGUCGAACCUGGUGAUUUGUUAAUCAUUCCAAAAGGAAUCUAUCAUCGUUUCACAUUAGAUACUAAUAAUUUUAUCAAAGCCAAAAGAUUCUUUGUUGGAGAACCAGUCUGGACACCACAUAAUAGACCAGCAGAUGAUAUGAAUUGCAGAAAAGAAUAUUUAAAUCAAAUAAUAUCUUGUUGAAUAAGAAAACCCAUAAAUAUACACAUAUAACAAU